CGUGCCAACGGGAAGCGGAAGUGAAGAAUGCGUAUAUACGUAGCCCAGCUGCCACUUAGCAACACGAGGAGGUCAGGUGACACAACCAGCUGACUCCCUUAGAGGAAGACCCUGUGGCUGGGGCUGUUGCAGCCUCGAUUGCCCGGCGGGGGAUCCGAGCCAAACUGUCAUCGUCAGAAUGUCGGGCAAAGACCGAAUUGAAAUCUUUCCCUCGCGCAUGGCACAGACCAUCAUGAAGGCUCGAUUAAAAGGAGCACAGACAGGUCGAAACCUCCUGAAGAAAAAAUCUGAUGCCUUAACUCUUCGAUUUCGACAGAUCCUAAAGAAGAUAAUAGAGACUAAAAUGUUGAUGGGUGAAGUGAUGAGAGAAGCUGCCUUUUCACUUGCUGAGGCUAAGUUCACAGCAGGGGAUUUCAGCACCACAGUUAUCCAAAAUGUAAAUAAAGCCCAAGUGAAGAUCCGAGCUAAGAAAGAUAACGUAGCAGGUGUUACUUUGCCAGUGUUUGAACAUUACCAUGAAGGAACUGACAGUUAUGAACUGACUGGGUUAGCCCGAGGUGGGGAGCAGUUGGCAAAAUUAAAGAGGAACUACGCCAAAGCAGUGGAGUUACUGGUGGAACUGGCUUCGCUUCAGACUUCCUUUGUUACUUUGGAUGAAGCCAUUAAGAUAACCAACAGGCGUGUCAAUGCCAUUGAACACGUCAUCAUUCCCCGGAUUGAACGUACCCUUGCUUAUAUCAUCACAGAGCUGGAUGAGAGAGAGCGAGAAGAGUUCUAUAGAUUAAAGAAAAUACAGGAGAAGAAAAAGAUUCUCAAGGAAAAAUCUGAGAAGGACUUGGAGCAACGGAGGGCAGCUGGUGAGGUGAUGGAGCCUGCUAAUCUUCUGGCUGAAGAGAAGGAUGAGGAUCUUCUGUUUGAAUAAUCUUUCCUGCUCUGGUUCUUUCCUAAGCUCUAACAUGGCACCAUUUUAAUUCACGGUGUGUAGGUUUGGUAUGUGUGGCUAUUUAUUUUUUGGCCUAAGAAUUUCACUGGUGGUAAAAUUUCCCUGGAUGUUGGUUAUGGGACUACCUUUGCAAAAUCCUAAUUUAGCAACCACUUAUCACAUGAGAUUUGUAGCCCCUGCCCAGGAAUUUAUUCAGCAGCAGCAGUACCCUGCUCCAUGUACAUCUGUUCAAGGGAUCUGCUUACCACGCAUAUUAGGAAAUCCCCCUUAGGAAACAGCAGUGGCCUCAGGCCAGCUAUGGCCGUGGCCGCCUGUGUUCCCACCUGCUCCGACACCGUGGCACUGCUGUCUGAGAUCGCUGCGGCCAUCCUGUGGGACCCUGGUACUUGUCUCCAGCUUUAUGAAACCUUCACUAUUUGCCUUGCAUGGCAGGUCUCUGUCCUGUCUGUCAUGGGAGUUCUGCCAAUUUUAAUGUGAUUAUGGUAUAAACAGUAAAAUGAUUUAAAAAUGAAUUGUUCCUUUUUUUUUUUUAAUUUACCAUCAGUCACGUUCUUAUCCUCAGAUUGGCACAUGGGAUAGAGCUUCCUCUGCAGACAUGGAGGACAAGCUCACUGAGAUGAUUGAAUUUUGGGGUAUUCAUAAACGUGCCAGUGAGUUAAGAGGGGUUAUUAAUACUUCUUUCUUUCCUAAUCUAAGAAAAAAUAAUUCUCAUCUGAGAGUAAUAAGGUAACUUUUAUCUUAUAAGCAGUAACACUUGCUGUCUUCCAUUAAAUAGGAAGAUGAGGCAUUUGAGUGGCCAUAUCAGGAGCUGACUGAGGUUUUUCGUGCUGUUUGAUUUGGUGAGCCAUCCAUGUUUACUCAGGCUUUCUUGUACCCAGUCCUGGGCAUUUCUGAGGUGACUUGGCUAUGGAACAGUUGUGGGUGAAAUUGUUAACACUUGGCUUAUGAGUAUUGUAUUUAAGUCAACUGAUAUCAUAAGUCUAGGCUUUUAAAAGUACCACGUAAUUUUGCAAACAUUUAAUACCUGCUACAAAAUAAUCUUAGUUAUGUGCCAGGCCCUGCUUUAAGUGUUUUAUUUAUAUUAUCACAGCAACCAUAAGACAUACAUGUUAUUGGGGCGCCUGGGUGGCUCAGUUGGUUAAGCGACUGCCUUCGGCUCAGGUCAUGAUCCUGGAGUCCCGGGAUCGAGUCCCGCAUCGGGCUCCCUGCUCAGCGGGGAGUCUGCUUCUCCCUCUGACCCUCUUCCCUCUCGUGCUAUCUCAUUCUCUCUCUGAAAUAAAUAAAAUCUUAAAAAAAAAAAAACACGUUAUUUUAACCCCACAUUUCACAGAAGAAGACUUUAAGGCCCAAGGAGCUGGAGUAAUUGGUCCCAGCUCAAAAAGCUAGAAAGUGGUGAAUCCGGGAUUUGAAUUCAGGCAGUCUACCUUCAGUGUUUUUAUAGCCUUCUAAUCUUUCUUGCCUCUCCUAUAUUUAAAACUUUGGGUAAAGGUAAGAUCUAAGGCCUGUCCUGGAGGAGCUGAGUUUUUGGCAAAUCCUGUUUUGAAUUGGAGGUUUUAUUCUGUAAGUAACUUCAGUAGUGAUUGGAAAACCAACAGGUGAGUUCCUAAGCAGUUCAGUGUUCCUAUUUUCAAGGCUUAACAUUUAAUCCAAUACCGGAGUGAGGUGUAAAUACUAUUCUCUCCAUUUUACAGAUGAGGAAACUGAGGCUUCGUCAGGUCAGACAGCAGAGCUACGAUGCAGGCCUUGGUUCUUAAGCAGUAUGUACUGCCUCUCUAGGAGGCCAAAAAAAUAGCUGGAAGGGUAUGAGAGCCCAGAUUACUUAAUGGUUUUUCACUUCGGUAAAUUCAGUGUUCACCUUCACCCGCCGAGACGAGAGAAGCACCUAGAUUUCUCCUGUGGCUUCUUAAAGCUCCUUUUUAUUGGCCUUGGCUAAACUCCCUACAAAACUGCGAUGACUUUACGGUUUUAGCAUAUCGUUAACUUAGAAAUCAGAAGAACACUGUGAACCGAAUUUGUUGUGUGGGGUGAUGUGAUCCGUAGGGGAAGGGAACGAUCAUGAAUAGAAAGCCAGAGUGUGUGUUUGUGUGACACUUUUUGUUGGUAUGAUUGCCUCCUUUGGGAGAUCGAGAGUGGUACAGUAGAAAAGUGAAUGUUAUGUAUUUGUCAACUCACAUCCCUAGCCUUUGUCCCCGCAAAUCCUUGGCUGCAUAUAAGUGGAAUUUGCCCGAGUAUUUACAUACGUUUUUUCCUAGAAAAUGUUUAAGUUCACAGUGUUAACACUAUCUUUAAUAAAAUUUUUUUAAAACAA